AUGGCGCUAAGGCUAGCGGGCUACCUAGCGUUCUUGUGGGCGAACGCUGCCCUGGGGUGGACGUUUCUCCGCGAGUCAGCUGCAGGCGGCACGCCGCUCUCGGCCUUCUUCCGGGCGUGGUGGCUGCUGCUGCUGUCGGCGCUGACGACCCUCUCGCUGGUGACGCUCACAACCAAGGACCCUGGAAACGUCAGGAAAUCCACAGCGCAAGCUGGGUCGUCACCGUCGGGCAUGGGCGGCGGCACCGGGGGGGGCGGGGGCGGGGGGGACGACCAGCUGUGCCCCGCCUCGGGGUCUCUGGAGGGUGCCGGGGGCGGCUUGGCACAGCAGCAACAGUACUUCACGCAGGUCUGCUCUCUGUGCAACUACCUCAAGCCGGCAAGGGCUCACCACUGCCGAAUAUGCAACCGGUGUGUCCUCAAGAUGGACCACCACUGCCACUGGGUGGGGCGAUGCGUCGGUGCAGGAAACUACAAGGCGUACCUGCUGACGUUGCUCUACGCCUGCUUGAGCUCGGGCGCCAUGCUCGUGAUCCUCUGGAGGCGGUGGAGGAUGGGCCGCGCACCCGAAAGCGGCUCCGCAGCUGCGACAUCGGGGGGGGUUGUGGUGGGGUGGGUGGAGAUGGCGGGAGUCGCUGUGGAUGGGUUAGUGCUGGGGUUCGUCUUCUGCUCGGUGUCGUACCUGCUCAUCUGGCACGGCUACCUCGUGGCCGGGAAUGUCACCACCAUCGAAUACUUUAAGUGGAAACGUAGCAUGCGAGAUCCGGGGCAGUACGCGCUGUCACCGGGUGCGUCGAUCCGGCUAUCGGAGUACGACUCGGGGCUGUUGUCGAACCUGAAGGAGGCGUUUGGUCAGCGGCUGUGGCUGUGGCCGUGGCCGGGGCUCGGGGAUGGGUGUUGCAACAGAUCCAGAGGCGCCUCCGUGAGGGGCGAGGACGGUGGAGGGGUGCCUAGUAAGGGUGGACGGUGGAUAGGUGCCGCGAGAGCGAAGAGGCUGAUGUCGCUGUUCGCGAAACGGCGUCGGUCCGUCGGAAGCGGCGCCGGCGCCGCCGACGGCGGGGCCGAUUGCGACCCGUCCCCCGUGUGCACCGAAGAGGAGGACGACAAGCUUAACGGGAGCGCCGUCGAAGAUGGUUCGGCGUGCGGUCGCCGAAACAACGGCGACAGCAGCAAUAGCAGCAGGAGAAGAAGAAGGGAGGGGCACGAAGCGGAAGGGUUUGGGUCGGGGUUAGAGAUGUCCGACGUGCAGUCGAUGAUAGACCACGGGGGCGGCCUAGAGCCAGCGUAGCGGGUGGCGGACUUCCUGCUGCUUAGGCGAGUGGACGCCGCUAGGGGAUGCACGCUGCGGGUUCGCUGGGCGAGCUCAAGGAAAGGGACUCGGUUUAUUUUUAGGCAUGAGACCUGCGUACAGUAGUUUUGAUGCCUUGCGUCACCGGGCUGUGUUAAACCUGAUCUGUUUGCGUGUGAGUGUAAAUCGGUGCACAUUGAGCACUGGGCGCAACAUGGGCGUCGUUGUUUGUGUGUCCGAAAAUAGGGGAGAGGGGGGGCGCACUCACGUUUUUGCAUGCCUUCGUUGUUAGACCAUUGACCAGGGGGAGGGGUUAGUCGGUAUGUAGGCGUGAUUUCUGCCCCGUCAAUUGUACAGUACGGCAAGUAGCGCCUCACCAGGCGGUGGUGUCUGAGAAAUAUAUCAGUGAAUGUGCAGUAUUUUAUGUAUGUCAGCGUCUUGGGCGGAGUCUUGAGUCUUCCGGUCCCGCAAGCAUCCACCGAGCGCUCCUGUCAUUGUUGUUUUUUUGUCCUUGUAUCUGUUCUGGGUGUCCUGGUUCAUGUACACUUGUCUGCGCGCAACAAUCGGUUCACAGCAGCAUUGGCUAGACGAACGUCUAGCACUACGCUGGGGAUGGUGUGUGUGUAGGUAGCGACGGGCGGCGUC